GGUCUCAGACUCGACAUAAGUAUUGUGGACUCCAACUGUUCAUACUGUUGUUCCUUCUGCUGCGAGAGCUGUGAACGUAGACGCUGCUUCUGCUCUGCUGGUGAUACUGUUCCUCCCGCUUCUGCUGCUCUAAGUAUUAUCAAGCUUGGUCGUCUCAGUUUGCUGGACGCUUUCUUUCUUCUGGAAGAAGUAGUGAUCUUCACAGCCAACAGGAUCAACAUGCCGAGAGAUUUUACAGACUUCGAGUUCAAUUUUCUGACUUCUGAUGAUAGUGAGGAAAUCAUUAAGUUUCUGGACGAACAACUGGCACCUAGGGUUCCAUUGAUCAAAGCCACUGGAGAAACCUCUGCGAGUUUAUUAGGAAAGAUAUAUAUGAGAGAUGUUCUGAAUUGCUUGGAAUCAGGAUUGUCUUUUGCUGCCCGACACAAGACCACCAAAACUAUCGCAGGAGUCGCACUCAGUGAGAUCUUCUCCUUGGAAGAAACACUUAAAGUUGCUGCAAUGGUAAGUUGUCUUUAUUCUUUAAAAAGAGGAAGACUGACUCGUGCACUCACCCUAUUAGAGCAUGGCAUGUCUGUGAUAUCCAUAGCCACAGACCUGAAGGUUACCAGGAUGGCAAUUUACAACCUCAAGAAAGCAGCUGCCUCACUCCCACCUGGCACCGUACCACCUAGAAAAGUGGGGUCUGGGGUCCCCAAAAAGACUUCUCUUGGCACAGACAAUAUCCUGAAGUGGGAAGUGGCCAGGCAAUUCCUCUGA